AGAUAAUAUCAUUCUCCGUAUUCCAGUACUUUAUGGACCUGUUGAAAGUUUAGAAGAAAGUGCAAUUACUUAUUUGUUAAUUGGAUUAAAAAAGUGUCAAAACAAUAAUGAAUUAUUUAAAGUUUCUAAUUAUGAACUUCGUAAUCCAUCAAGUGUCGAUGAUAUAGCUCACAUUGUGUUUAAUUUAGUGGAGAAAAAAAUUUUAUCUAGUAAUGACAUCAGUGGUAUUUAUCAGUGGUGUGGAAAAGAAAUGUAUACAAAGUAUGAUAUGGUGGCUAAGAUGGCUAAGAUUUUUGACAUGAGUAUGGAACAAGUAGUUCCAGUAAAUGGACAAAGUGGAGUAAAACGCCCAUUUAAUACUCUAUUAGAUGUUUCACGCAUAAAUCAGUUAGGAAUUGGAACACAUACUAAUUUUGAAGAUGGAAUAAAAACUGUAUUAGCCAGUUGGAAUGUUAAGUAGUUGUUUUUACAAUGAAAAAAUAUAAAUUUUGUUCAUGUUAUAAUAAAAUGUAUUAAAUAUAAACAGCAUAAUAUUUAUCAUUAUCAA